AUGACACGUAAAAGAAAAGGUCCGAGAUCGGAUUAUUAUCGGGAACGCGUUCAGGAACCGCAGAGUCACGAACAGCCACAACGGAGCGCUAGCCACGCUACGACCGACACAUGGGGCACUGGUCAUGCUACGACUAACGCCUGGGGUACUGGCCACGCUAAGACUGACACAUGGGGCACUGGCCAUGCUACGACUAACGCAUGGGGCACUACGUCUGACGAAUGGAACAUUGGUCCUGCUACGACUGACAAGUGGCCCACUCCCAAUGCUACGACUGAUCAAUGGCCCAUUCCCAAUGCUACGACUGACAAAUGGCCCACUCCCAAUGCUACGACUGACAAACGGCCCACUCCCAAUGCUACGACUGACAAACGGCCCACUCUCAAUGCCACGGCUGGUGAACGCCCAACCAGGAAUAAUACGCAAUUUUCCCCCGCUGGUGCAUGGAAUAACUCAUAUCGUCCAAACGAAUAUCCGGUUGAACCAGCACGGCCUUCAGUUCGAACGGGAGGACAACCGGACGAUGAGCCAGAAUGGAUGACACGGCUUUCGAAGGAUGAACCUGAAUGGUUCGAAAGAUCGUCAAGAGAUGAACCGGAAUGGCUCAGGCAGCCUUCGAGAGAUAGGCGUCCAAGAGGUCGCGGAGGAAGAGGUCGUGGCGGGCGAGGUCGGGGUGGCAACGCGGUUGCUGAAGGAAGGGAAAAACCCAGAAUUAUUUUACCAAAUUUAGAAGAAAUCGUGAAGCCGAAAAAAGAAGGAUUCCGUGCGAUUUCGGUCAUGCCAACGCGAGAGGACCUUCUGGAAGAAACGCCUGAAGAUCUUCCAUAUAAUGAUGCCGAUUUACCCUAUGAAAACGUGGAAAGUUAUCUGGUUACACAUUUUAGAUUAUUAAAAGAAGACUGUGUUAGGCCACUCAGGGAGGGCAUAAGAAUGUAUCGUGAGGGAAAUUACAGAGUCGAUGACACAGAUAUGAGAAUAUAUGAAAAAGUACAUCUUGUUGGGGCAACGUGUGCUCUCGCGGGGCUUGUACUACGAGUUGGAUUCCGGCUACCCCAUGGCGUUUCAGUAAGAUGGAAGCAGAGUAAGCGUCUGAUACCAGGAACAUUCGUUGUCCUUACCAAGGAUAAAUUUGAAACUAUGAAAUUUGGAGUAGUCAUAAGCCGGGCUGAUGAAUUAUUAACAGAUAAAUUCGAUUUACAAAUUGAUAUUCUUUUUCGUGACGAAGACACUGAAUUCGUUUGGAACGGGGAUUAUAUAAUGGUGGAGGCUACUUCUACAUAUUUUGAAGCGUAUCGACACGUUCUCACGGUUCUGCAAGAACUGGAUCCGGUGACAUUGCCAUUUACAUCGCAAAUUAUUGAUUUGGAUGAUGAGAUCGACAAACCGGAAUAUCUGAAGAAUCGUUUGCCAACAUAUGAUUUGGGAGUCGCGAAACCAUUCGAACAUAUGAAAGAAAUUUUAGAAUACAGUAGAAUCAAUGUAAACAACGCUUGGGAUGAAUGGCCCUCCAUUCAAGACUUUGGAAGCACUCUCCACUCGUCACAAUAUGAGGCUUUGCAGAGAAUGCUGACCAGAAAGUUGGCUUUGGUUCAGGGGCCUCCUGGAACAGGAAAAACGUAUGUGGGACUUGCAGCUGUGCGAAUUCUUUUGGAAAACGUAGGCGGACCGAUUAUAAUUUCAUGUCAGACUAACCAUGCUCUAGACCAGUUUUUAGAGGAAAUUAUGAACUUUGAGGAAAAAAUUAUUCGACUUGGUUCUCGCUCAAAAAGCGAAAAAAUCUUACCUAAGACCCUGUACAACAUUAAACGGGACGAAAAAGAAAGGCUUCGUAAUCCAGAGUUUAAUCGCCUGAUUAAAGAACGCAACCAAUUGGUGACCAAAAUCCAAAGACUUUGUGAAGAUAUCACCAAGCCCUGUCUUCCCAUCAGCUAUAUAAAAGAACGUGGCUUGUUAAGCGAAAAACAGCUACAAAGUUUGGAAGAAGACGAUUGGGUAACGUCAGCUAGCAAUUACGAUAAGGGCGAGAAGGAUCAUAUGCGUGAAUGGCUCGAACAAGCACUGGAAACGACGGCGUCUGCACAUAAUAAAAUGGAAACGGAGAUGGCUGCAUUAUAUGUCACUGGUGAAGAUAAGGAUGACAUAACGGAGGUAGAUGAAGAAGAAAUUGAUGAGAUUCUUGCAGAAUUCCAGGCCAACGAGGGUGGAUUACUAACAAAAGGCGAGCACAUAGUACUCAGAAGUGACGAAUGCGUGUCUUCUAACACACACGUCAGUGAAGCCGAAAUUCGACAGUAUAUGGAAUGUGAAGAUUUGUGGGAGAUCCCAGUGCACGUUCGUGCAGCUAUACAUAAUUCAUGGAGGCAGGAGCAUCUACAGAAAAUCCAAGGCGAAUUACACGAGCUUAAUGUUGAAUACACAAAGAUUUGUGCAAAGCUGAAGCAUCAAAGAAUUAGAGAAGAUUUAGCUAUGUUGAAGGAGGCCAAAGUAGUUGGUAUGACCACAACUGCUGCGGCAAAAUAUCACGAUCUUUUAAUAUAUUUGAAACCAAAGAUCAUUGUUAUAGAGGAAGCAGCGGAAGCAUUAGAAGCACACAUUGUUACUGCACUUACCCCUUCAACAGAACAUUUGAUAUUGAUUGGUGAUCAUGAACAGCUGCGUCCGCGUUUAGCCGUGCAUGAGUUGGCCGAAAUACACGGCAUGGAUUUGUCACUAUUUGAACGCCUGAUUCGUUUUAUGCCAUUCACAAGACUCAGUCAACAGCGAAGGAUGCGACCAGAAAUACGCAGGCUGUUAACGCCCAUUUAUGACAGAGACGGUCAUGGUGCCAUUACGGAUGGAGAAGAAGUCAAAAACUACCCUAACGUUCAGGGUGUAAUGAAGAAUCUCUUAUUCUUUGACCAUCAAAAUGAUGAAAGUAAUUCGAGGGAUGGCAUGAGCAAGAUUAAUGAUUUUGAGGCAUCCAUGUGUGCAAGGUUCGCGGCCUACCUAGUGAAAGUCGGAUACGAUAUUAAAAGAAUCACUAUUCUGAGUAUGUACACGGCACAGAGGAAGAGAAUAGAGCGAUUAUUAAAAGACGAGAGUACUACUUCGCUCGAGGAAAUAAAGAACAUCCGAGUAUCUUCCGUAGAUGGUUUUCAAGGAGAAGAAAAUGACAUUAUUAUUUUGUCAUUGGUCCGAAGUAGCGAGUCCAAGGGCAUCGGAUUCUUAAACGUGAGCAACAGAGUAUGUGUUGCUUUAUCGCGUGCAAGGCAUGGCCUAUAUAUAUUCGGCAAUGCGAAGAAACUGGUCGAGUAUUCAGACCUUUGGAGAAGUAUAAUGAAAAUAUUGACUCGCAAUGGUUCUUAUAGUGAGACACUAGAAUUGUGGUGCAAGCAGCAUUCGAGACCCGAUGACAAUCCACCAAUAUACACCAAAACUAUAAUUACCUGGAACUCUGAUUUUCCAGCCGAAGGUGGAUGCAAUCAAAAAUGUGGAAAGCUAAUGGAGUGUGGACACCCUUGUCCGCGAGAUUGCCAUACAUAUUCUCAUGAGUUGGUUCCAUGCUGGGAGACUUGUAUACGCAUUCUGCCUUGUGGGCAUCCCUGCAAUAAAGAAUGCAGGCAUCCCUGUGGGCCAUGCAAGACUCAAGUUAACAUAAAGCCACCAUGUGGGCACUACAAAUCGGUCUCUUGCGCCGAAAAACAACAAUACAGAUGUCAAGAACUGUGUGAAAAGUUGCUGAAAUGUGGUCACCAGCACUUUGUGAUGAGCGCUGCACAACCAACUGCCGAACGCCUGUGCCGGUUAGGUAUAGUUGCGGCCAUAGCGCAAACCUUCCGUGUCAUACAUCAUACAACGGAUCUUUAG